GCAGCAUACAAGCGAGAUAUGACAUCUCAUACUCGCGGCCAAGGGCUCGUCAAUCCAUCUAUCGCGGGCUCCGAGGCGAAACGAAAAGUCGUUGCCAAUAGGCUCGCCGAUAAGAUCAGGGAAGCUCGAGAGAAACGAUCGGCUAAGCCGAAGAAGAGAAAGUGA